GUUGUGGUUGCAACACUGUACUCCAGCCUGGGCAACUCUGUCUCAACAAACAAACAAACAAAAAACCCCACAGCUAUCUAGGGAAAAAGUAAAGCAACCAGCAUAUAGAAGUGACAUAUUAUUAUAUUUUCACCAUAGGUUUGCUUUAAGAAAUUGUGCUCCUUUCAGAAUGGAAGAAUUUAUCUGCCUCUUAUUUGAUGUGGAUCAGAGCUAAGAUGGCUGACUAAAUAAACAUGGGGGACUGGAAUCUCCUUGGAGAUACUCUGGAGGAAGUUCACAUCCACUCCACCAUGAUUGGAAAGAUCUGGCUCACCAUCCUGUUCAUAUUUCGAAUGCUUGUUCUGGGUGUAGCAGCUGAGGAUGUCUGGAAUGAUGAGCAGUCUGGCUUCAUCUGCAAUACAGAACAACCAGGCUGCAGAAAUGUAUGCUACGACCAGGCCUUUCCUAUCUCCCUCAUUAGAUACUGGGUUCUGCAGGUGAUAUUUGUGUCUUCACCAUCCCUGGUCUACAUGGGCCAUGCAUUGUACCGACUGAGAGUUCUAGAGGAAGAGAGGCAAAGGAUGAAAGCUCAGUUAAGAGUAGAACUGGAGGAGGUAGAGUUUGAAAUGCCUAGGGAUCGUAGGAGAUUGGAGCAAGAGCUGUGUCAGCUGGAGAAAAGGAAACUCAAUAAAGCUCCACUCAGAGGAACCUUGCUUUGCACUUACGUGAUACACAUUUUCACUCGUUCUGUGGUUGAAGUUGGAUUCAUGAUUGGACAGUACCUUUUGUAUGGAUUUCACUUAGAGCCGCUAUUUAAGUGCCAUGGCCACCCGUGUCCAAAUAUAAUCGACUGUUUUGUCUCAAGACCAACAGAAAAGACAAUAUUCCUACUAUUUAUGCAAUCUAUAGCCACUAUUUCACUUUUCUUAAACAUUCUAGAAAUUUUCCACCUAGGUUUUAAAAAGAUUAAAAGAGGGCUUUGGGGAAAAUACAAGUUGAAGAAGGAACAUAAUGAAUUCCAUGCAAACAAGGCAAUACAAAAUGUAGCCAAAUAUCAGAGCACAUCUGCAAAUUCACUGAAGCGACUCCCUUCUGCCCCUGAUUAUAAUCUGUUAGUGGAAAAGCAAACACACACUGCAGUGUACCCUAGUUUAAAUUCAUCUUCUGUAUUCCAGCCAAAUCCUGACAAUCAUAGUGUAAAUGAUGAGAAAUGCAUUUUGGAUGAACAGGAAACUGUACUUUCUAAUGAGAUUUCCACACUUAGUACUAGCUGUAGUCAUUUUCAACACAUCAGUUCAAAUAGUAACAAAGACACUCAUAAAAUAUUUGGAAAAGAAGUUAAUGGUAACCAGUUAAUGGAAAAAAGAGAAACUGAAGGCAAAGACAGCAAAAGGAACUACUACUCUAGAGGUCACCGUUCUAUUCCAGGUGUUGCUAUAGAUGGAGAGAACAACAUGAGGCAGUCACCCCAAACAGUUUUCUCCUUGCCAGCUAACUGCGAUUGGAAACCGCGGUGGCUUAGAGCUACAUGGGGUUCCUCUACAGAACCUGAAAACCGGGGUUCACCUCCUAAAGGUAACCUCAAGGGCCAGUUCAGAAAGGGCACAGUCAGAACGCUUCCACCUUCACAAGGAGAGUCUCAAUCACUUGACAUUCCAAACACUGCUGAUUCUUUGGGAGGGCUGUCCUUUGAGCCAGGGUUGGUCAGAACCUGUAAUAAUCCUGUUUGUCCUCCAAAUCACGCAGUGUCCCUAACAAACAAUCUCAUUGGUAGGCGGGUUCCCACAGAUCUUCAGAUCUAAACAGCGGUUGGCUUUUAGACAUUAUAUAUAUUGUCAGAGAAGUAGCCUAGUGGUGGUGGGGCACAGAAAAAAUAGAUAUGGGCAGCUCUAAAAACCAGCUGUUAAGACAGACAACUGCAAACUCAUUUAAGCAAGAGAAAAACAGCUCUAAUUCGAGAUUGUGAAGGGACACUUCUAAAUUCAAAGACAUAGAGUUGUCAAAUCAGGAUUUUUUUUUUUUUUUUUUUUAAACGAUAUCCUUUCGAAUGUGUGUAACCGAUUCUGGGAAAAUCAAGUGUUCAGAAUUGAGGCUAAAUGGUUUGAUCAGGUUUUCUCUUUGAAGAGACCAUAGCCUUAGGAAAUGGUUCUUGAUCUAUAUAAUUCCACCUUGGACGCUGGGUUAAUUUUGUUUGCCCCUGGAACACAAUCACUUAAGUUUCCUUCUAGACUGCAUCCUGAUGUGUCUCGAGUAUACUCACAUGUUGCUACCUAGUAAAUAAAAUCUUAAAAAGAUC